AUGAAGAUGGCCCCAGAAAGACCCCAGUCAAGAGUGGAGUGCAAAGUAUGCCACAAAGCCUUCUCUACGAAGAGCCAUCUGCAGCGGCAUGAAGCCACUCAUGCGCCCUCGACAAAGGCAGCUUGCGGCUUCUGUGGCCGUGCCUAUCUGAGAAGCGAUGUUCUGCGACGUCAUUUCCGAACGUGCAAGGAAAAGGGAGACUCCAUCGCCCUACCUCACAUCAAGCCUGGCAGAAGGCGAAAGGCCUGUAAUGCCUGCGUCAACGCUCGAUCAUUCUGCGAUGGGGAAUACCCGUGCGAGGCCUGUCUGCAGAAGCGACUAGACUGCUCAUUCACCCAUAUGCAAGAGCGGUCUGGGUCUACAUCCAUUGGCAAAGGCCGUCCCAAAUCACCGCAGGCAGAUCGGAUUCCUGCACCGGCGAAAAUGGCCAUUCCCUUUCUUUUGCACUAUGCUGAUAUGCAUGAAUCCGAGCCCGGGAGUCUUCGUCUACUUGCCCAAUGUGGCGACGGGGAUUGUGAUGUCAAUCAUUAUUCGAACAAUAUCCACUCGCUUACGGAGACUUGGGAAAGUCUGUUCAAUUCGUUCAUCAACACGGCCACAUUGGGCCCUUCGUGCGGCAUUCAACAUGUUCCAACAAACCGGUUUAGCUUGGAUGUGCUGGAGGAUACCUCGACUCGGUUAUUAUCACUGCUUGCAACAUUCGAUAGCGGUAUGCUCGACCGAGUCCAGCUGGACUUGGAUAAAGCCAAGGAACUGUUUACGCCUCGGAAUAUUGCCACAUUUCUUGAAGCAUUGCUAGAUAACCCCUUCAAUGCACACGUUUUUCAUGCAGCAUCCUUCAGCUUGCAAACAGCCUCGUCACGUCUGAUUCUAACUAUGGUGCUAUUGGGAGGAACUUACGUCGCACCCCACAGCGCAAGUUAUUUGGCACAGUACUCGGAUAUUGCUGAAUCACUCGUUUUUGACGAUAGCGAGUUCUUGGGCCUGGUACAUGCGCGAAAUAAGUCUCCUGAUGAGCUUCGCAUCCUGGAGACACUUCAAGCGGCGUUGUUUGCCAUGUACUUACAGACAAACCACGAUAACCCCUCCAGCAUACGAAGGCUUCGCGUGCAACGAUUCCCGGCUGUGAUCACGGCUGUUCGCACACUGAAUUUGACUGACAUCAUGAAUGACUUGAGUCCUGACUGCUCCAGUUGGGAUAAUUACCUCGUUCGGGAGGGCUUGGUCAGAGUGAUGGUGGGCAUCCAUCUUUUUAACUAUUACUGUGUCAUGUUCUAUCGCCAUCCGACCCAGCUGAAGAUCACCGAGACGACAUUCGAGAUUCCCCAACGCGAUGAUCUAUUCCAUGCUCGUGAUGCUACAGAAUGGGAGAGACUCUACAGCGCGGGGGACCGGCCACAUGAUACAAUGCGGUUGCGAACUGUCCUUCGCGAUUACAUGAGCGCCGGACAUAGUGACUCCGAUCAGGGGCAUUAUCCAAAGACCCUACUUGGUCUCUUCCUUGUUCUCUCCGCAUUGCACUGUGUAUUGUUCGAUUUGUUGGCCCUGCACGCCGUCAUGGACGACCCGCGCAUGUUUGAGCGGGUCGAGCGGGGGUUAGAUCGGUGGAAGCUUCAUUGGGACGUGUUGUGUCGAGACAUGGAACCCGCCAGUGCCAAACGGGCGGGGUUUAUCAUUCAUGCCGUGGAGUACUGGUGGGUUGCAAAGGCACUUAUCAGGCAUCCGGCAGCGGCGUUGGCGGAGAAUGAGUCGCCCGACACGAGACAUGGCUUUCGUCGUCUGGUGGAACGGUUGAAUCCGGUUGGAGCGAUCGGUGCUGUCCCUGUGUUGGAUAAAAAUUUGCUGUAG